CUAACCUUCACGGUAGACACCCAGCUCUACAGAUUAGGCUGAGAACUACUGCUGGCAUUAGGCGGGUGUCCUGCCGCUAAGAUGGCGGCUCCCUUAGUGCUGGUGCUUCUGGUGGCUGUGACAGUUCGGGCCGUGCUGUACCGCUCCAGCCUGGCCGUGCUCAUCUCCGAGAGGGUGGAGGUGGCGUCCCCUUUAAAUGCCUGGAAGCGAGUGGUCGAAGGGCUAGCCUUACUUGACUUGGGUGUGUCUCCAUAUUCUGGAGAUGUCUUUCAUGAAACACCACUAAUAAUAUACCUCUUUCAUUUCCUGAUUGAUUAUGCUGAACUGGUAUUUAUGAUAACAGAUAUGUUGACUGCUAUUGCACUCUAUUUGGCCAUUCAGGAUUACAACAAAGUUUUGUUUAAAAAGCAAAAACUGCUGAUAGAACUGGAUAAAUAUGCACCUGAUGCUACUGACCUUUUCCGGACUCCCACGGAAAUGUACUACAUCCCGCUCAAGGUAGCACUGUUUUAUCUCUUAAAUCCAUACACUGUGAUGUCUUGCGUUGCGAAGUCCACCUGUACCAUCAACAAUACUGUAAUAGCGUUCUUCAUUUUGGCAACAAUUAAAGGCAGUUCUUUCCUCAGUGCUGUAUUUCUGGCCUUAGCAACGUAUCAGUCCCUGUACCCCCUCACCUUGUUUGCUCCAGCCCUUCUGUAUUUACUGCAGCGUCAAUUCAUACCGGUGAAAAUGAAAAGCAAAGGCUUCUGGCUUUACACCACACAGUAUGCGGGGCUGUAUUUGGGAAGUCUGAUGGUGAUUAUUUGUCUCUCAUUCUUCCUCCUCAGUUCUUGGGAUUUUAUUCCAGCUGUUUAUGGUUUCAUCCUUUCCGUUCCAGACCUGACGCCCAAUGUCGGCCUCUUCUGGUAUUUCUUUGCCGAAAUGUUUGAACACUUCAGCCUCUUCUUUGUAUGCGUCUUUCAGAUCAAUGUCUUCUUCUACACCAUUCCUUUGGCGGUGAAAUUAAAGGAGCACCCUAUGUUCUUCAUGUUUGUUCAACUUGCCAUCAUUUCCAUCUUCAAGUCCUACCCAACUGUGGGAGACAUUGCCCUCUACAUGGCCUUUCUUCCACUCUGGAGCCACCUAUAUCAGUUCCUCCGGAACAUCUUCAUCCUCUCCUGCGUACUUAUCGUCUGCUCCCUGCUCUUCCCAGUUUUAUGGCAUCUCUGGAUUUAUGCAGGAAGUGCCAACUCCAAUUUUUACUACGCCAUCACGCUGACGUUCAACGUAGGGCAGAUCUUGCUCAUCUCGGAUUAUUUCUAUGCCUUCCUGCAGAGGGAGUACUACCUCACUCAUGGACUCUACUUAAGCAGAAAAGACAGGACAGAGCCCAUGCUGGUUCUCAAAUAAUCCUAGUAAUCUGCUGUCACUUAGAGAACAGACUUCUGCAAGGAACAGACCAUGCUUGGGAUGGAUGGGUGGGUGUAACUUUUGGGAAGAUAACUUUUUGCAUAUGGGGGAGAGAGCUGUGCAUUUGUCUGGCAUAAGUCAAUAAUACUGGAAUAAGGUUUGCGCAUAAGAACGGAUUGAGAAGUCUGGCUCUGUGGCCCUUGGCCUCUUUUGAAGCUUUGUCUGCCAACCAUAUUUUGCUGUGAUCAAAAUAUGUUCCAUCAACUAUCAGUUCUGGGCAAUUCAUCAUGAAUUGGUGGAAAGUAUCUGAACUGAACCCAAGGCUGUGUCUUGUACCCAGGGAGAGACAAGGCCAUAGAUAUUUAUUAUACUUUCCGGAGAAACUAUUGGAAAUACCUUUCCCUUUCUGGAAAGGAGUCACUUUGAUAUGCAUCUGUUUGAUUCCUCUUGCUUCUCUGGUUCAGUGGCUUGAUUUGAUUGGUCCACCUGCCUGAUAUGCAUGGAUCCUUGGCCACUUGGAAGACAGGCAGUGACUCUCCUACGCUUGGACACUCUUUCUCCUCAUGCAGACACUGGAAAUCAGGAGGCCUUGAGUGUACUACAGUUUGUGCUUGAGACGAAUGGUUGAUUUGAACUAAAUGGAACUGCUGACAGCUGAGAGACAUGGAAAGUUAAGUUCCCAAGCCUGUCCAUACAAGCAACAGAAGAUCAAUGCAAAGAGCCUCCAUAUGGAUGGGACGUUCUCACUUUUCUUUAAGGGAAUAUAAUGUCCAACCCUGCGGAAGUGUGAUUGGUGUCAUUCAGAAAAGAAAGGAAAACCACAGCACCAUAAGGACCCACAAGAUGGAUGUGGACCAGAUUGGCCUGUGUAAUCAGUGCAUCUUUUUCAUUUUGUAGGGAAAUUUUAUCAGACAUUACAUGUCAUGCACAUCUUCUUUAUUUUGCAGGCAUGGUAUGUUUCCUCAAAACUGUGGGAUUUGUGUGGGGGGAAGGCCAGAAAGCACGAAAGGUCUAGCUUCUCCCCAAAUGGGAGCAUCAUCAGUGGUGUUGGGGCCCUAUAGCAAUUUUUCCAUUGCAAACGUGUUACUCUCUCAGCAGGAGAAACAUUUAAAUGCGGAGGACUGUUUUAUAAAAAGUGGCUAUGCAAAAAUGGCUGCCCUAUCCUGCCCACUUCACUUCCACUGCAGGGUGUUCAGUCAUAGCUCCUCUCUUCAGUAAACCAGACACACUUUUUGGUGAUUGCUACGCUUUUUAACUUUUCUGACCCAACACAGCUACAGCCGCCUCUUUCCCUGAUUUUUUAAUUUUAGCGACAGGGCAGUUCUCUCUCACAGGGAAGCCAAGCAGGACCUAGCCAAACUCCCAUGGCCUAGAAGACUUCAUGAGACUCAGCUACUUUUAUCUGCCAACAGAAGAGAUUAAACUUGGACCCAUUGCACUGACAAUUAAAUGUGUCGUCUCCCCAUUUUCAUAUUUGCAAAAGCCACUCUUCAGGGCACAGUCUCAGUUCUCCUAUAAUGUGUUUCUUAUUAAGCAGUCACGUUCAAAAGGGAUUUAAUAAAAAUAAACAUCUUGCCUUAUUGCA